AUGCAAGAUGAAAUCCCUAGCGCGAAUGACUGGGCGGCUGCUGUUUCUGAACUUCACCUCGCCAGCAAAGGCAAAUCUCCGACCAGACAAUUCGGGUUCCAUGUAACGACGCAUCUAGCCAACGUUCCCAUCAACAAUACGUGGAACCCAUCUCGUGAGGCGUUUUGGGCUCAGCAGAUGAAGAGCCUUUUCGAUCGGGAGGAAUCGGUCAACGGCCACGACGCGGCGCUAGCAGAGCUUAAGGCUGCAUAUUUUGAGAAAGCCAUUUCGAGGUACCUGAGACCUCUCGAAAGUGAGGGCAGGUCCGUCACCCCGUGCCUCCUCCACUCUGACCUCUGGCCGGGAAACAUCAAACCCAGAACAGCCAGAAAUGAGCUUUGCUUGUUCGACGCGUGCGCGUAUUGGGGACACAAUGAAGCUGACCCAGCCAUCUGCUACAACCCCAGAUAUAAGUUGGGCCAACCUGCUCUGGAGGCGUAUAGCAAUCUUGUGGCUCACUCAGACCCCGGCAUAGAUUUCUAUGACAGGAAUGCUUUAUAUGCCAUGAAAUACCACGUGUUGCUGAGCAUCAUGUAUUCAGAUAACAGGGUCUUUCGAGAGAAGCUGAUGGAGGAACUCAAAAUACUCCUCGGGAAGUUGGAUUCUGGCUCAUCCCCCUCGAGGCCGGACAAAACUACGCGGUUGUGA